AUGACCUAUAGUGGGUCCAGCACGGUAUACUAUAGUGGAUACCCCAUGAUCUCAGUAGGGACCAGCACACCUAUCAGCACAGAAAUCAGUGAAACCAUCAGUGGGACAAGAACACCUGACAGUACAACUACUGGCUCAACCUCUGGUGGGACUAGCACAGCUGCCAGCACUGCAACAGGUGCAACCUCCAGUGGGGCCACCACACCAGCUACAGCUGUAUCCAUCGGCACCUCCAGUGAGGCCAGCACACCUGCCAACACUGCAACAGGUGCCACCUCCAGUGGGGCCAGCACACCUGCCAGCACUGUAUCCGGCGCAACCUCCAGUGGGGCCAGCACUGCAACCAGUGCCACCUCCAGUGGGGCCAGCAUACCAGCUACUACUGUAUCUGGAGCAACCUCCAGUGGGGCCAGCACACCUGCCAGCACUGCAACUGGUGCCACCUCCAGUGGGGCCAGCACACCUGCCAGCACUGCAAAUGGCCCAACCUCCAAUGGUGCCAGCACACUGGCCACCAUUCUAUCCGGUGCAACCUCCAGUGGGGCCAGCACACCUGCCAGUACUAGAUCCGACGCAACCUCCAGUGGGACCAGCACACCAGCUACCACUGUAUCUGGAGCAACCUCCAGUGGGGCCAGCACACCUGCCGGCACUGCAACUGGCGCCACCUCCAGUGGGGCCAGCACACCUGCCAGCACUGUAUCCAGCGCAACCACCAGUGGGGCCAGCACUGAAACUGGUGCCACCACCAAUGGGGCCAGCACACCUAUCAGCACUGUAUCUGGAACAACCUCCAGUGGGGCCAGCACACCUGCCAGCACUGCAUCUGGCGCAACCUCCAGUGGGGCCAGCACACCUGCCAGCACUGCAACCAGCGCCACCUCCAGUGGGGCCAGCACACCUGCCAACACUGUAUCCGGCGCAACCUCCAGUGUGGCCAGCACAACUGCCAGCACUGUAACCAGUGCAACCUCCAGUGGGGCCAGCACACCAGUUACUACUGUAUCUGGAGCAACCUCCAGUGGGGCCAGCACACCUGCUAGCCCUGCAACCAGUGCCACCAUCAGUGGGGCCAGCACACCAGCUACCACUGUAUCUGGAGCAACCACCAGUGGGGCCAGCACACUUGACAACCCUGCAACCAGCGCCACCAUCAGUGGGUCCAGCAUACCUGCCAGCACUGCAACCGGCGCAACAUCCAGUAAGGCCAGCACACCUGCCAGCACUGCAAAUGGCCCAACUUCCAAUGGAGCCAGCACACUGGCCACCACUCUAUCCAGUUCAACCUCCAGUGGGGCCAGCACACCUGCCAGUACUGGAUCCGGCGCAACCUCCAGUGGGGCCAGCACACCAGCUACCACUGUAUCUGGAGCAACCUCCAGUGGGGCCAGCACACCUGCCGGCACUGCAACUGGCGCCACCUCCAGUGGGGCCAGCACACCUGCCAGCACUGUAUCCGGCGCAACCUCCAGUGGGGCCAGCACACCUACCAGCACUGCAACCAGUGAAACCUCCAGUGGGGCCAGCAUACCAGCUACUACUGUAUCUGGAGCAACCUCCAGUGGGGCCAGCACACCUGCCAGCACUGCAACCGGUGCCACCACCAGUGGGGCCAGCACACCUGCCAGCACUGCAACUGGCGCCACCUCCAGUGGGGCCAGCACACCUGCCAGCACUGCAAAUGGCCCAACCUCCAAUGGUGCCAGCACACUGGCCACCACUCUAUCUGGUGCAACCUCCAGUGGGGCCAGCACACCUGCCAGUGCUGGAUCCGGUGCAACCUCCAGUGGGCCCAGCACACCAGCUACCACUGUAUCUGGAGCAACCUCCAGUGGGGCCAGCACACCUGCCAGCACUGAAACCCGCACCACCUCCAGUAGGGCCAGCACACCUGCCAGUACUGCAAAUGUACCAACAUCCAAUGGAGCCAGCACACUGGCCACCACUCUAUCCGUUGCAACCUCCAGUGGGGCCAGCAUACCAGCUACUACUGUAUCUGGAGCAACCUCCAGUGGGGCCAGCACACCUGCCAGCACUGCAACUGGCGCCACCUCCAGUGGGGCCAGCACACCUGCCAGCACUGCAAAUGGCCCAACCUCCAAUGGAGCCAGCACACUGGCCACCACUCUAUCCGGUGCAACCUCCAGUGGGGCCAGCACACCUGCCAGUACUGGAUCCGGCGCAACCUCCAGUGGGACCAGCACACCAGCUACCACUGUAUCUGGAGCAACCUCCAGUGGGGCCAGCACACCUGCCGGCACUGCAACCGGCGCCACCUCCAGUGGGGCCAGCACACCUGCCAGCACUGUAUCCGGCGCAACCUCCAGUGGGGCCAGCACUGCAACCAGUGAAACCUCCACAACCUCCAGUGGGGCCAGCACACCUGCCGGCACUGCAACCAGUGCCACCACCAGUGGGGCCAGCACACCUGCCAGCACUGCAACCAGCGCCACCUCCAGUGGGGCCAGCACACCUGCCAGUACUGCAACCAGCGCCACCUCCAGUGGGGCCAGCACACCUGCCAGCACUGCAAAUGGCCCAACCUCCAAUGGAGCCAGCACACUGGCCACCACUCUAUCCGGUGCAACCUCCAGUGGGGCCAGCACACCUGCCAGUACUGGAUCCGGCGCAACCUCCAGUGGGGCCAGCACACCAGCUACCACUGUAUCUGGAGCAACCUCCAGUGGGGCCAGCACACCUGCCGGCACUGCAACCGGCGCCACCUCCAGUGGGGCCAGCACACCUGCCAGCACUGUAUCAGGCACAACCUCCAGUGGGGCCAGCACACCUGCUGGCACUGCAACUGGUACCACCACCAGUGGAGCCAGCACACCUCCCAGCACUGUAUCCAGCGCAACCUCCAGUGGGGUCAGCACACCUGCCAGCACUGUAUCUGGUACCACCUCCAGUGGGGCCAGCACUCCAGCCAGCACUGCAACUGGUGCCACCUCCAGUGGGGCCAGCACACCUGCCAGCACUGCAACCAGCGCCACCUCCAGUGGGGCCAGCACACCUGCCAGCACUGCAAAUGGCCCAACCUCCAAUGGAGCCAGCACACUGGGCACCACUCUAUCCGGUGUUACCUCCAGUGGGGCCAGCUCACCUGCCAGCACUGCAACUGGCACCACCUCCAGUGGGGCCAGCACACCUGCCAGCACAGCAACCGGUACCACCUCCAGUGGGGCCAGCACACCUGCCAGCACUGCAACUGGCACCAGCUCCAGUGGGACCAGCACACCUGCCAGCACUGCAACCGGUGCCACCUCCAGUGGGGCCAGCACGCCUGCCAGCACUGCAACUAGCACAAGCUCCAGUGGGACCAGCACACCUGCCAGCACUGCAACUGGCACCAGCUCCACUCCUACUGUAUCUGGCACAACCUCCAGUGGGGUCAGCACACCUGCCAGCACUGAAACCGGCACCACCUCUAGUGGGGCCAGCACGCCUGCCAGCCUUGCAACCAGUGCCACCAUCAGUGGGGCCAGCACACCUGCCAGUACUGGAUCUGGCGCAACCUCCAAUGGGGCCAGCACACCAACUACCACUUGGGGCCAGCACACCUGCCAGCACUGCAACCAGAACCACCUCCAGUGUGACCAGCACACCGGCCAGCACUGUAUCCGGUACAACCUCCAGUGGGGCCAGCACACCUAUCGAUGCUGGAUCCAGUGCAGUUUCCAUUGGGAUGAUGGGUUUGGCACAACUGCCAACAUGUUAUCCCCUGCAACCACACAAGGCUCUGUAAUACCUUCUACUGGAAUGCACACACCUCCCAGCAGUAUUGGCACAAGUACUGUGGUGAACGAACAGAAGCCGACUGGGUUCCUGAAGCCGUGGGAGAUCGUCCUCAUCACUCUGGUGUCUGUUGUAGUGGUUGUGGGAUUCUUUGCUGGGAUGUUCUUCUGUGUGAGAAAUUUCUUGGUCCUGAGAAAUGUUUUUGACACAGCUGUCUACCGUCCUCAUGGCCCCAACCUUGAUCUGGCCUUUGGAAGAAAUCACAGAGUCUACCACAGGCCAACAUGGAGAUGA